UGUAUUCAUUUUUGUUUCCGGGGUCAGUGCUGCGUUUCGUGGUCACGCUGCCAGAUUGUAAAACACAUUUUACUGACGUGAGAGCAGCUGACAGUGUAGAAGAAGAAGAGAGAAGCGGGGACACCUGGACACGUGCUGAUGUUUAUGUUCAGAUUCAGUGCUGUGUUUCCAUGCAUCAUGUCAGUGUUGGUGUGCUCGUCCUGCUGCAGGCUCCCAGAAGCUCAUACAUGAAGAACAGAAGCGGUGGCUGGCUGGACGGUCGGCUCAAACAGAGAGUGGAGCAGUAUCUGGCCUCCAGCAGCAGUGAACAUGUGGACCUGUCAGCUGUUGCCAUGGAGCUUCAAAAACUCUACAGAAUGGACUAUGGCAGAAGAAACAAGACAGCUUUCAGGAUUCAAGUAGAGAAAGUGUAUGACGCCAUCCUGAAGGAGUCUGGGCUCAAUGAUCUGGAGAGCAAACACUUGGCUAAGAGAGCCAAGUACAGUCACAAUGACACCGGAGAGGGCAGCAGCAGCAGCUCAGAGGAGUCCUCUGACAGUGAUGACCACAUUCUGGAGAUCACUCCCAUCAACCACAUGAACAGCUCUCUUACAUCUCUGUACCGGAAGGGACAGCCUGACUCCAGCACCUCUUCACCCAGGAGAGAUCAGCUUGCUGCCGGCAGUCCUGCCAGCAUAGCUAACCCCACUCCUGGUGCAGGGACGCUGGUUUCUGCAGGAGGCUGGUUCAUUGAUCAAGGCAGACGCUCCGAGAAGAGCAACAUCCUCAUCGACCUGUGUGAAGAGGAGCCCACUAAUACAGCAACAAAUCAGACAGAUGUGUCCAUGCUGGAACCUGAGAAAUCUUACAAGAAGUCCAAAAAAAGGUCGAAGAGCUCCGUGGAAACUACUGAGCCUCGCACCCUGAACAAGAAAGCCAAAUCAAAGUCACUGGAGCUGCAGUACCCCUCUCUGAAGUUUGAGGAUGUGGGAGGCAAUGAAGACACCUUAACGGAGGUGUGUAAGCUGCUGAUCCACAUUCGUCACCCGGAGGUGUACCAGCAGCUGGGGAUGGUUCCUCCGAGAGGCUUCCUCCUUCAUGGACCUCCUGGCUGUGGAAAGACCCUACUAGCCCAAGCUGUUGCUGGGGAGCUGCAGCUGCCCAUGUUGAAGGUGUCGGCUCCGGAGCUGGUGUCCGGAGUGUCCGGGGAGUCUGAACAGAAGCUCAGAGAGCUGUUUGACAUGGCUGUGAGCUCUGCCCCGUGUAUCAUGUUCAUAGAUGAGAUAGAUGCCAUCACACCAAAGAGAGAGGUGGCCUCUAAAGACAUGGAGAGGAGGAUUGUAGCCCAGCUGCUAACCUGCAUGGAUGACUUGAACAGUCUCACAGUGACCGCACAGGUCCUGGUCAUCGGAGCCACCAACAGGCCGGACUCCCUGGACCCGGCCCUCCGCAGAGCCGGACGCUUCGACAGAGAGAUCUGCCUGGGUAUUCCUGAUGAAGCAGCUCGUCUCAGGAUCUUGAAGACAUUGUGUCGAAAGUUGAAGUUGCCAGAGGACUUUGACUACCAGCAGCUGGCCCGGCUCACACCAGGCUAUGUGGGCGCAGACCUUAUGGCACUGUGCCGCGAAGCUGCCAUGAGUGCUGUCAACAGGGUUCUGUUGGAAAUAAGAGGACGGUCACAUGGACACGUGGAGAGUUCUGCUACAGAGCUGUCAACAGGCCCGGUUCAGACUAAGGCUGAUGCAAUGGAUGAGGAGGAGGAGGUCAAAGAGCAACAGCCGACAGAUGACAUUAAAACAGUACCUCAGGAACAGAACCAGCCGCAGCAGGGGCAGCUGUGGCACCUGUUACAGCUGCUGAAGAACACCGAGACGCUGUCAGAAGAAGAGCUGGCUGACCUGUCCAUCCUCAUGUCAGACUUCCAGGCCUCUCUGGCCAGUGUCCAGCCCUCGGCCAAGAGGGAGGGCUUUGCCACCGUGCCUGAUGUCACCUGGGAGGACGUGGGCGCCCUGCAGGACAUCAGAGAGGAGCUCACCAUGGCCAUACUGGCUCCGGUGCGUUCUCCAGAGCAGUUCAAAGCUCUGGGGCUCAGUGCUCCGUCUGGUGUGCUGCUGGCUGGACCUCCAGGAUGUGGGAAAACACUGCUGGCCAAGGCAGUGGCUAAUGAGUCCGGCCUGAACUUCAUCUCUGUCAAAGGUCCAGAGCUGCUCAACAUGUACGUGGGAGAGAGUGAGCGGGCUGUCAGACAGGUGUUCCAGAGAGGACGCAACUCAGCCCCUUGUGUCAUCUUCUUUGACGAGAUCGACGCUCUGUGUCCUCGCCGCUCAGGCCACGAGUCAGGAGCCAGUGUGCGGGUGGUCAACCAGCUGCUCACAGAGAUGGACGGCUUAGAGACUCGACGGCAGGUCUUCAUCAUGGCUGCAACCAACAGACCAGACAUCAUCGACCCUGCCGUACUGAGGCCAGGGCGUUUAGAUAAAACCUUGUACGUGGGUCUGCCUCCUCCAGCAGACCGCCAUGCCAUCCUGCUCACCAUCACAAAGGGGGGGACCAAACCUCAGCUGGAUCAGGACGUCCGUCUGGAAGACGUCGCCUUUGACGAGCGCUGUGACUGCUUCACUGGUGCUGACCUGACUGCAUUAGUGAGGGAAGCAUCUGUUAACGCCCUGAGGGCCUACCUGAAGUCCCAGCAUUGCUCAGCUUCUUCUUCAGGUCACAUGUACUCCUCUGCUGUCGACCUCAGAGUGAGCAAACAGAAUUUUGACGACGCCUUCAAGAAAGUUCGUCCAUCCGUGUCCAAAAAGGACCAGAAGAUAUACGAGCAGCUCAGAGAGUCCCUCAGCAGAUGAGUGCAGGACCAGAACCACAGACCUUAGCAGCCACAGCUCCUUGUUUACAUCAUUUUCUAUCCUGUGUGUGUGUGUCAUUUUAUUCUGGUUGAAUCACAACACUGAUUCCUGCUUUUCUAAUAAAACGUGUGUGAAGAACCAGA